AUGAACCGAUUCCGGACCAAAAAGCGAACGAAGGAUGAAGUGUCGGGCCCCCGUCCUUCCAUGGACAGCGACACUGCUGGCCCCUUCAAACUCUUCGGCAAAAAGAAACUGCCCGAUAGUGAAUCUAAGCAAGACUUGGACCUUGAUAGUGCCCUCCCCCCUAGCGACGACUUCCGGACCAGUCUUCUCAUGACUGGUCUUUCGGCCCGAUUCUCUAUGUUACGAGAGCAAGACGACCCCCAUUCAAAGCUCGGUAAAGCCAGCGAUGAUAGCGUGCUCUUCCCAAAGCGCCAGUCGAGGCUGAUGGAUUUUGGCUAUGCUUCUGGCUUGCAAGAUAUCGCCGAGAUCGAAUCUCUCCAAGCCGCCUCUCUUACUCGCGUUAACUCCUCGCACGGAUCUGAUGACGGCGGCAACAUCAUGGACAGAGCCCGACCAAACGAUGGUAAUAACCUGUUUGGUGGUCGCCAGAAGAUUUACCGAAUUGGUGCUGGCGCCAAGGGCGGCAACGCCGGUAUGGGGGGCCGUAUUUUAUAUGACGAGGAUGUGGCCAAGACAGCCUUUCAGAAGUGGAGGCAAGCAGAGAGAGAGAGAACUUCCUUUGAGGAUAGGGUUGGUGACACAUUGGAGUUUGAGUCUGGCUUCGACUACAACAGGAAGCGUGCCACAAACUCGACAACGUCGUCAGGCGCGUCUGCCGGCCGCAACUCCACCGCGGCCACCUCAAUUGCAUCCCAGGUCCCCUCGACAAAGGAUAGCCAAUCCGCAAUACCAUCAUCAGCCAGCAAUGUGGAACGGAGCUUUACACGCACCAGGCGGUUAUACGAGCAAGGCUUGACACAGGACUUGCAGAACCAACAGUCUUCUGCUCUCUCCCGCAUGGAUACUCUGUCCAAGUCUCACCGCAAUAAAAAUACUCCGGAUGGCAUGACCGCCCCCUCUCCAACAAGCUCGACCUUUGGUGAUCGCGCCAUGGAGAGACGUGCUCUUCUCACAAAGGGCAGUGCACCUAACCUCCGAUCCUUCACGCCCCCCAUCUCGGGGUCUUCUCCGCAGGCUCCGCCCGAGCCUGUUCCCAAGUUCACGGCAGAGCAGAAAAUCAAUUUUGGUGUCAGCCCGCCCCUGAGCCCCCCCAUCAGUGAAGCAGAUGACCAUCACCCCAUGCUACCAAUUCAACCCAACGACAAGGGAAAGGCAACAGCCAUGGGCGUGUUCACCAGACCUAUCCAGCAAUAUGACGACUCUAAAUUUGCACAACGCCAGCAGCAGAUGCGCAAAGGUCGUGAUGCGUUUGAUAACCAGAACCAGACAGGCGCGCGUUCCUCACAUGAUGCUAGUCGAUCCCGAUCAUCCUCGAUGCAUCGCGGUCUUCGCGAUCGCAUAGAUGCUACUCCGAGCAAGGCUGACAGUUCAACCAAGAAGGAUUACCAAUCCUCUUCUUUCUUUGACGACAGCGACGAUGCGUCUGGGCCUAACGGCUACUCUAAUUUUGCUUCUUCGAUGGGCGUUCAGCUUAGUGUUGAACGCCCGAAUGACGAGGACCAUCCUGCUUUCCGGAAGUCAGCCCUUCCGACUCCGCUUUCCUUGUCUUCCAGAGCAUCCGACGACUCCUCAUCUGUGGAGGACAAGGCGGAUAUAAACUCACGCCUCAAGGACGAACCCCCGGAGGACUCGCCCACUCUUGGACCUGGGCCAGAUGCUGGGCUGAGCGGAAUGGUACGACAGCAUCUCCGCGGUAAUAGCAACGCUUCCUCCAUAUAUGACAUGAGUGCUCAGACGCCCGACGUCAAUUCACGCCAACAGUCUGGAUCGCCCAAUGCCAAACAGCAGGGCAGCUACGAUCGCAAUACUAGCUGGGGGCUGAGUGACAGAGAUUUCGCGACAGACAGCGGCACAUGGACGCCCAGCGCCAACCAGACCAAGCCUAUUCCCCGCGCGGAACAGGACGAAUUCGCCAGACAUCUGGCAGAUGGAGCUCGUCGAGUGCGCGAGAAGCUGACGUCGUAUGCUGAGCCUGACAUUGAACAGUCGCCACCGCCCGUCCCACCUCCCGAAUCUGCCAAGGAUCUGGCUGCUGCUAGGAACAAUGCACUUGGCAUCCUACGCACUAAGUCAAGCCGCACGUCUCUAUUUGACCGUGGCCGUGACCGAGACAGCGAUUCCAAAUCAAAGAGCGGGAAGUCCCCUGCACCUUCGGCCCGAAAGACAUCUGGUGAAACUGCUUCACCAGAGCCCCCCAUGCCGCUACCCAAGGAAGAGAAUGUGCACGCUGGUCUGAAGGCUUUCCGUCAAGCUAGAAGGGAACUUCAGAAGAUGAAGGAACAGGAAGUUCAGCAGCGACACGGCGGCUCGCCUCAGAAGCCUAGCCCUCGACUUGACCAUCCGACCGCACCAUUCUCUCCCGAUCGGUCCGGGUCCCCUCCGCAGUACCAGCAAGCCAACUUCUCGAGGGGAGGCCAGAGCUACGAGCGACCAAAACGGCGAGCGUUCCCCUUGCCUGGGGGCAUGAUUUGA